CGGAGUGGCGCUAGGACCGGGCAGAACGCGCCGGUUCUGGUACCGCAGGCAGAAGGAGGUUUCACUUCGGCCGCAACCUGUUCAAAGUCCCCUGGUCUCUUUUGUCCCAUUAGGGGUCGGGGGUCACGGCAGGAAUAUUCAUCAGGAAUUUCACAACACAACAAGUGGGUUUGAGUAGUGGCGUUUGUGUUGUUUUUUAUUUUAUUUGUUAUUUUUUCUUUCCUGUUUGUGAUUUGGUCUUCCUGAAUAAACACCUGCGGGAUUCAGGUGACUCCCCGAUGAAGAGGGAAGUUCUUGGGCGGUGAGCGGUAAAAAGUCCGGCCAGUAUGUGUUCCAGUCGAAAUAUAUGUGGGGGCAACAACCAGCCCAACAGAACCAGGUCCGAGUCCAGAGGCUCAGGGGCCCACUACGCGCUGUGCGCCCUGGGAGUGGGACUCGUUGCCCUGGGGAUCGUUAUGAUCGUCUGGACUAUGAUUCCAGAAGAUAAGAAUACAACUGGAGGCUCAAACAGUACUGUACCGACCGCAGAUGGUGGGAAAGACACCUCACCGUUCGCCUCCCCGAUCGCUCUGGGUCUGGUCGGGGUGGGAAUGUCGAUGCUGCUGCUGUCGGUUUUCCUCGGUCUGAGGAGCAAGAGGAGAAGUCAGAACCAAAAUGCCCAGCCAGCGAGAGGAGCAAGCGCCUUCAUGGACCACGUCGCAGGAGAGGAACAGCAGAACCCAGAGGCGUACAACGUGCCCAGCUAUGAAGAGGUCGUCGCCAGCGGCAACUACCCCGUCCGCCAGAGCAACCUGAGGCAGAGCACCUCUCAGCUGCCGUCCUACGAAGACAUCCUGGCAGCUGUGGAAAACGAGGAUUCCCAGCCCGCCAACAACUCCUCAGAGAACAGCCCUCUGAACGACCAGACGCCCGCUGCCGCCGGGCCGUCCGGCAUAACGGCACAGCCCAGCCUGCCGACCCGCAGCGCCAGCCGGGCCAGCCGCUUACUGAAGCCCCUCAGAGUAAGACGGAUAAAGUCGGACAAACUGCACCUGAAAGACUUCCGCCUCCAGAUCCGCACCCCCACGCAGAACCCAGUGACCAUAGAGCCCAUCACGCCGCCCCCGCAGUACGAUAACAAGAUGCCUGAGUUACAGUAAAGGCUCACCCUCCUGGCUUCCCAAUUGGCCCGCGGCUGAUUAAAACCUAUGAAAAUAUCUAAUGGAUUUGGAGGACUGGCGGUGAUAUUUCUGAGAGCCUGUUUUAAGGGCACCGUGAAGUAGGUAGAUGUGCCGGUUGGGCAGGAUGAUGGUGGAGGCAGACGCACUCCGGAAACGAGAACACUUUCCGCUUUAUCAAUGAAGCUUCGGGUCGGCUCAUCAGCUCUGUCAUCUCACAUUAAUGCAUCAGAGCAAGAGUAACCGAGCAGGACAGCAUUUCAGUUUUAUUUAUUACUCACAUAAAAUGCCUUUUAACAAAAAUAUGUUGUUGCUUUAGUUCAUAAAAUGGAACCAUGUGUUGUGCAGAGGGAGAAACGGGAAAUUAUCCAGUAGAUAUUUGACUCGCUCAGUUUGAGAUGUAAAAACUGUGAUGAAAAGAAGCGAGGAUGCAGAUAACCUUUGAACUCUUGUUGAGAUAUUUACUUGUUUUUUUUAUACAUAUAAGUGUUUAAAUCUUAAAGCAGAUAUGUUUUAAUAUUUUAAAAUGGUGGUGAAUAAAUGUUUUCCUUUUUAGUUUCUGUUUGGUUAUGCUGUAAGCUUUUGUUGCAGAAUUUAAUAAAAGAUGGAUGGUGAUACCAUUUUCAUGCUCAA